AUGUACCAAUUGGAACAUUAUGAACCGAAUCAAGAUGUAUUGCAAUGGUGGAAAGAACGACAAAUAAAAAGUCCUAUGAUGGCCAAAUUGGCAAUGAGGAUAUUUGCCAUACCUGCUACAAGCGCCGGAAGUGAACGUGCCUUUAGUACUUCCGGACGAGUAAUCGAAGAAAGGAGGACAUGCUUAAAGGGGGAUACAGUAGAGUCAAUUUUGUUUUUAAGUGAUUAUUAUAAAAAAUAA